AUGGCAGAGGUACGGCAGCAAAGGAACAUUGUCAUUAUCGGUGGCGGCAUCAUCGGCUGCACCACAGCGUACUUCCUCACUCGCCAUCCCGCCUUCAACCCCUCCAUCCACAGCGUCACCGUCCUGGAAGCGACCGCCAUCGCCUCGGGUGCCUCGGGCAAGGCCGGCGGUCUCCUCGCCCUCUGGGCUUAUCCUUCCAGCAUCGUGCCCCUCUCCUACCGCCUCCACGCCGAGCUGGCAAAAGAACACGACGGCGCGACGAGAUGGGGUUACAGGACUCUUCACUGCGGUUCCCUCAGCGCUAAGGGAAAAGAUGAUAAGACCAGUGCCAACGCAGCCCAAGCGGCGGCAGUCAAAGGCGACCAGUGGCAGAAGCUGCCCAAGACGGACAAGAAGAGGGGUGUGGCGAAGGGGGUCCCCGAGGAACUGGAUUGGUUUGAUGAUGAGGCUGUGAAGGGAUACUCGGAGAUGGGGACACCGGCUACCACUGCACAGGUCCAUCCCUAUCAGUUCACGACCUCCAUGGCCGAGUUGGCGACCGAUGCUGGUGCGAGAGUGAUACUGGGCGCCGUUACGGCCAUCGAUUAUACGGGACCCCACGGCGUCAAAGGUGUAACCUAUGAGGACAAGGAGACGAAACAUAUCCACACUCUGCCAGCUACCGACGUGAUCUUGUCUGCCGGGCCGUGGACGAGCCAUGUCUUUCCCGAGGCGCCAAUCGAGGCGAUGAGGGCGCAUAGUGUAGUGGUCGAGGCGGAUGUAAGCCCGUACGCGGUCUUCAGCGAGAUUUCGCUGCCCAAGGAUUUUGGAACGAUGGGUGGAGACGAUGUCAAGAGGAGGAGACACGGUACGAGUGUGUCUCCGGAAAUGUACGCCAGGCCGGACGGCACAGUCUACGCAUGCGGCGAAGGCGACUCCCUCGUCCCCCUCCCCAAAACCAGCGACCUGGUCGUCUGCGAUGAAGAUCGCUGCCAGGACAUAAUUGACUACUGCGGCUCCAUCUCCACACUCAUGCGCUCUGGCGCCAUCCUGGCAAAACAAGCUUGCUAUCUCCCAUCCGUAGCAGGAGGUGGCGGGCCACUGAUUGGCGAGACGGGGAUCAAGGGCUUGUUAAUGGCGACGGGACACACGUGUUGGGGAAUUCAGAAUAGCUGUGCGACGGGCAAAUUGAUGAGCGAGUUUGUGUUUGAGGGAGGAGCGAAGAGCGUGAGCAUUGGGGGGUUGGAUCCGAGGAGGGUUCUGCAGGCAUGA